GCAAUACGCCGGCCAACUGCAGUCUUUGAGAAACGCGCGCAAUUGAAGGUUUAGAAGGCGGCCAUCAACUAAACGUCUGGUGAUCAACUCUAAGAACGCAUGGUCAAUUUCAUCGGUCGGUGGGUGUGUAAAGUGAUCAGCAAUAAUAAAUAGAGAAAUAAAUGGAUACCAGUGUUAAGGAAAAGUUGAAAUAUUAUUUUAUGGAAAAUAAAAUUUUCAACGCUAAAUAAAAAAUUCAAAAAUAUUUACCACAGAGUGUGUCUUGGAGCCCAAGAAUAAUUGUGCCAACAAUAAAAAAAAUAAAUAUUGGCGGUUAUGCUUAAAGCAAAACCAAUUUAUAGUGUUUGAUAAAUAAAUUGUUGUGCUGUACACGAAAAACAAGCGAUAAAAGGAUCCAAGAUCCAUUGUGACAAAAGUUUUUAAUUUUUAAGAAUUGCGAAUAUAUUGGCUUUGAAGAAACUACCUGGAUUUAAGGCGUAUUUUAAUGGUGUUACAAAAACAAUUCUUUUGGAUAAAAAAUCUUACUACCAAAUAGUAAAUAAGCAUUCUCUCAUGGUUAUGGCCGUGAUUCUUUUGAUCACAAUCGCAAUCAUUUUGGCUCUUUAUUGCAACAUUGAUUGGAAGAAAGCAGCCACGUUGUAUCUGAAGCCGCUGCUGACACGCUGUCGUGAUGCAAAGCUAGCCGCUGGUAGCGUUGCCAACUUAGGCAGUGCAACGGAUGAUUAUUACCAUGCCAUGCAAAUACGACGACGCGGUGUAUGGGACAUUCCAGGACCACUGACAAUACCAUUCCUCGGCACCAAAUGGGUAUUCUUUGUGUUCUUUCGAAAGUAUAAAAUGUCGCUGAUGCACGAAGUGUACGCGGAUUUUCACCGAAAAUAUGGUCCAAUUGCUUUAGAAGUAAUGUCUUCUGGAUUACCAAUUGUUCAUUUAUUCGAUCGUACCGAUUUGGAAAAGGUGUUGAAGUAUCCCAGUCGUUUUCCCUUCCGUCCGCCCACAGAUAUCGUCGUUAUGUAUCGUCAGUCGCGGCCAGAUCGUUAUUCCAGUUUAGGCAUUGUGAAUGAACAAGGUCUAACCUGGCAAAAAUUGCGUACUUCGCUCACCUCCUACAUAACAUCUCCUCGUAUACUCUACAACUUUCUGCCGGCAUUGAAUGUUGUCUGUGAUGAUUUCAUUGAGCUUUUGCGUCAGGAACGCGAUCCCACUACGCUCGAGGUGCAUAACUUCGAAGAUAUUGCCAAUCUGAUGGGUCUAGAAGCAGUUUGUACACUUAUGCUAGGAAGACGUAUGGGUUUUCUGGAUAAGAGUGGGCAACAACCCGAAAGGAUAAGGCAAUUGGCGGUCGCGGUAAAGCAAUUGUUCAUCUCACAACGCGAUUCCUACUACGGCAUGGGUCUAUGGAAAUAUUUUCCAACGAAAACUUACAGAGAGUUUGUGCGUGCCGAGGAGAUUAUCUAUGAUGUUAUUUCCGAAAUGGUAGAAGUAGCACUAGAAGAGGACUACCUCACAUCGGCAGGUGAUGAGAGUGAGGCUGAUUUGCGUAGCAUAUUCCUUAAUAUUCUGGAAUUGAAGGACCUGGAUAUACGCGACAAGAAAUCGGCGAUAAUUGACUUCAUAGCGGCAGGCAUUGAAACGCUCGCCAAUACCGUACUUUUUGUGCUCAGUUCAGUGACCAAUGAUGAGCGUGUAAUUUCAGGCAUACUGUCCGAUUUUUGUGAAUAUCGCAAGACGACUAUAACGAAAGAGGCAAUCGCAAAAGCGGACUACACCAAAGCUUGCGUGCAGGAAUCGUACCGCAUUCGACCAACGGCCUUCUGUUUAGCGCGCAUACUCGAGGAGAAUAUGGAGCUGUCAGGUUAUCAUCUGAAGUCGGGCACUGUUGUGCUUUGCCAGAAUAUGAUUGCUUGCCAAAAUGAUGCCAAUUUUCCCAAUGCCAAAGAAUAUCGGCCAGAACGUUGGCUGGAUGAAAAGGGUAACUUUACCGUAAACGUGCCCAAUGCGUGUAUUGUGGUGCCAUUUGGUAUUGGCAAACGUACAUGUCCCGGCAAACGAUUUGUCGAAAUGGAGGUGAUGCUGUUGUUAGCUAAGUUGACCGUCUCUUUCGAAAUUCAAUUCAAGGAGCCUCUACAAACAGAAUUUGAAUUUCUGCUCGCGCCUAAAACCCCACUAACUUUAAUUAUGCGCGAUCGUGUUUACUGAGAUACCCACUCUCAUCAUGCACACUUAACAGAGUUGAGUGUUAAUUUGCAUGAGUUUAGUGUAUAAUCUGACAUUCUCUCAGCUUGGAGCUCAGAUGUAAAUUAUUUAACAAAAUGAUAAAUGUAUGUUUUAAAUAAUUAAAUUUAAUAAAUUGACAAUGGUUGUAAAUAUUUAAAAUUUUAUAUACACAAACAUAAAUACAUACAUAAUUAGUUAAAAUUGUGAGCAUAUUUGCGUAACGAAAGACUGUCUUAAUUUUAAAAUAUAUUUAUAACUUUAAUGAGGAAAUGCUGCAAUAUUUAUCCAAAACGAAAAAUAUAUAUAUACAAAUUGUAAAUAUGUACAUG